GGUCAACCCAUGGUACCCCAAGAAACUCUUAUAGUCGUCAUGGCGCACCUUCGCCAAAAGGGAAUCCGUUGCCUCACCUAUCUAGACAACAAUGCGUUACUUACUACACAAGAACUCCAUUACCUGCGGUUCCUGAGCAGAGGGAUGUGA